AUGGGAAAGCUCAACUUCGCGGCUCUCCAGGUACGGAAGACGGCAAUUGCACAGAAAAAGGCUGGGAGAAUCCAGCGACUACCAUGCUGGGCAAAUAUUAUGGAUAGCAUCCCGCCAUCGAGCGUGUUGGUGCGAAAUCUACCACAGCAGCAUACUCUUACGAGAGAGAGAAUGAAGACUCUACCUGGAAAGGCGGAGCCCCGGGCUGUCAUCGAAGCUCGUCCUACCCGCCGUCUACAGUCGAAGAAGCCCAGUCGCAUGUUUCAACCGGUAAAAAUGGAAUUUGAGGAGGACCAGCUACGAAGAGAAUUUUAUCGUGACCAUCCUUGGGAACUUGCGCGGCCGAGAGUGGUGUUGGAGAACGACGGAAAGGACCACAUGAGAUAUAACUGGGAGAAUCUACAACAGCAAAGGAAACGCGUGGAUGGAGAAAGUGUUGUUCAGAGACAGUUGCAUCUUCUCAAUACGGUACCUGACAUAACCAAGGAGCAAGCCUAUGACAUUGCUCGACGUGAAUUCUACAAGCUUCGACUUCAGGAGGACGUUGAGAGGAGGAUUGCUCAAGAGGAGGCCAGAGCAACCGGUGCAUACUUCGGCCUUGACACAAACACUAUUGGAAUGGAACUCGAGAACCAAGAGUAUGACCGCUGGAAGAAGUGGGCAGAGACUGAGAUUGUGCUGCAGCAGAGCAGCAGGGCAGCCUUCGCUGGCACAGAGAUCACAGAGGCUGAGGCCGAAUCAUCAAUGGCCGGCAAUGAAUUGAGUGCCCCGGAAUCCAAGUUGUUGGACUCUAUCAAACCGCUUUAA